ACCCCCACCCGCCCCUCCUGUAGGGAAGCCUCUUCUGUCUCCCCCAAGCGCUGCAUCGGUGGCCCCUCCUGGAAUCUGGGCUUGGCCGUACCUUGAAUCAGGCGGCUUUUGGCUUGAAACACAGAUUGGCAGAAGAGGGAAGAGCAAGAAGAAGAAGAAGAGUUUUGAUUUGAUAUCCUGCUUUAUCACUACCCGAAGGAGUCUCAAAGUGGCUAAUGUUCUCCUUUCCCUUCCUCCCCCACAACAAACACUCUGUGAAGUGAGUGGGGCUGAGAGACUUCAAAGAAGUGUGACUAGCCCAAGGUCACCCAGCAGCUGCAUGUGGAGGAGGGGGGAAGCGAACCUGGUUCACCAGAUCACGAGUCUACCGCUCUUUACCAAGAUGGAUGGACAAGCCACAGCUGGCCUUGACACCAUCCGGGAUGGGAGGAGUGAGGGGUUCUGGGAAAGAACUGUGCAGAAGAUCCUAGAUACGGAGGAUGCCCUCAGCUCAGACGCUCAGCGCCAGCAUUUCAGGCAGUUCCGCUACCAGGAGGCCGAGGGCCCCCGAGAGGUUUGCAACCUACUUCACGAAUUUUGCCGUUGGUGGCUGAAGCCAGAGAGACACACCAAGGCUCAGGUGCUGGACCUGGUGAUCCUGGAGCAGUUCCUGGCUAUCCUUCCCCCGGAGAUGCAGAGCUGGGUGAGGGAAUGUGGAGCAGAGACCUGUUCCCAGGCGGUGGCCCUUGCCGAAGGUUUCCUCCUGAGCCAGGCAGAGGACAGGAAGCCAAAAGAGCCACAGGGUCUGUUCACAGAAGCAGCCACUGAUUUCCUUGAUGCUGUGAAGGCUCCAGAAAACAUCGGAGAGAUUCCCCUGCAAAAGUGGAAGGUGCAGGAGGAGAAGGAUGGAGGUGCCAUCUUGCUGGGCAAUGGAAUGAUGCCAGCGAGACUUAAUCAUCCAUUUCUUUCUGGUGGAAGGGAAGCGGUUGCUGUGGCAACAGACCAGGAUCCAGCAUCGUUUGAGGAUGUGGCUGUGUAUUUCACGGCAGAGGAAUGGGCUCUGCUGCAUCCUGAUCAGAGAGCUCUACACAAAGAAGUCAUGGAGGAGAACUGUGGGAUCGUGGCCUCUCUCAGUAAAACACGCGGAAAGGACCUUCAUUAUAGUUCUGAUCUUGCUACACAUCAAAACAUUCAUAUUGGGGAGAAACCAUAUCAGUGCCUGGAGUGUGGAAAGAGUUUUCAUCCGAACAGGACUUCACAUCAAAUAAUUCACACAGGGGAGGAGCCACAUCAGUGCUUAGAGUGUGAAAAGGCUUUUCAUGAGAACGAAAGUUUCACUUACCAAACUCAUCAGAAAAUUCACACAGUGGAGAAAACCUAUACACCUUUGGAGUGUGUGAAGAGCUUUGGACAAAAUAAAACUCUCACUAAUCAUCAGAGAAUUCACAGAGAAGAGAAACCUUAUCGGUGUUUGGAGUGUGGAAAGUUCUUCAGCAGCAGGACAAAGCUCACUGAUCACCAGAGAAUUCACACAGGGGAGAAACCAUAUCAGUGCUUAGUGUGUGGAAUGAGCUUCACUCAGAAGAGGAAUCUCACCUGUCAUCAGACAAUUCACACAGGGGAGAAGCCAUAUCAGUGCCUGGAGUGCGGAAAGAGCUUCAGGCAGAAUUUAACUCUAGCUUACCACCAAAGAAUUCACACGGGGGAGAAACCGUACGAAUGCUUGGAGUGCAGAAAGAGCUUCAUUCGAAAGUGCGAUCUCACUUAUCACCAAAGAACUCACACCGGGGAGAAGCCGCAUAAAUGCCUGGAAUGUGGAAAGAGCUUCAUGCAGAAGACGAGCCUCACUUCUCAUCAAAAAAUUCAUACCGGAGACAAACCGUAUAAAUGCUCGGAGUGCGGAAAGGGUUUCUGCCUGAACAAGGACCUCAUUCGCCAUCAAAGAGUUCACACAGGGGAGAAACCAUACAAAUGCCUGGAAUGUGGGAAGUGCUUCACACAGAAGACGAUCCUUACUGCUCAUCAGAGAGUUCACACAGGGGAGAAACCGUAUCAGUGCUUGGAAUGUGGAAAGAGCUUCACACAGAAGGCAAAUCUCACCUAUCAUCAAGGAAUUCACACAGGGGAGAAACCGUAUCAGUGCUUGGUGUGUGGAAAGUGCUUCUGUCUGAGCAGGGACCUCACUUCUCAUCAAAGAAUUCACACGCAGGAGAAACCAUACCAGUGCAACGUGGGAACAGCUUCGAUACAAGGGCAUACCUCCAUUGUCAUGAAAGAAUUCACUCAGGGGCAAAAACAUAUAAGUACCUGGAGUGUGGAAAGAGCUUCAGAUAGACUGACGUGCAACCCCGGACGCGUGGAGGGGGGGAACUUUUUGUUGCUGAAUGCAAAGAGCGACUGGAAGCUGGAAUCCCCCCUCCGCCCCCCGUGGAUCGAAGACAAGGGGCGCCAACUGAAAGUCAGCACGCUUGGGUGGCUAUGGUUUAUAGACAACGAGCAUCUCUGGUCAGCACAGUCUUUGAAGAAGGAGGAAGAUUCGGAAUCUUUUUUGGAGCCCAGAUCAGUGAUGGACAAGCAAGACUUAGCUGGACCUGCAAGAAGAAGAGUGUCAGAUGACUUCAACAUUGGGAACAGUGGGGAAUUUUUGGAAAGAACCUUGCAGGAGAUCCUGGGCAAGGAAGAUGCCCUCAGCUCAGAUAUCCAGCGCCAGAAGUUCAGGCACUUCCACUACCAGGAAGCUGAAGGGCCCCGAGAAGUUUGCAACCGGCUCCACCACCUUUGCCGUGAGUGGCUGAAUCCAGAGCGACACACAAAAUCUCAGAUCCUGGACCUGGUGAUCCUGGAGCAGUUCCUGGCUGUCCUCCCCCCAGAGAUGGAGAGCUGGGUGAGGGAAUGUGGAGCGGAGACCAGUUCCCAGGCGGUGGCCCUGGCUGAAGGUUUCCUCCUGAGCCGGGCAGAGGACAAGAAUCAGGAAGAGAAGCAGGGACUGUUUGCAGAAGGGCCCACUGGUUUCCCUGAGGCAGAGAAGACGCCUUUGGACGCCAGAGGGAGUCCCCUGAGAUGGGUGGUCGUGCAGGAGGGGGACCAAAGUGCAGCCUUACCGGGUGAUGGAAUGAUGCUGGCAGGACCAUCUCAGCUGAAUCUUCCUUCUGACAGAGGGGAAGCAGUUGCCAUGGGAACAGAUCAGGCUCCCGUGUCCUUCCAGGAUGUGGCUGUGCAUUUCACCGAGGAGGAAUGGGCUUUGCUGGAUCCUGACCAGAGAGGGCUGCACAAGGAAGUCAUGGAGGAAAACUGUAAGGUCGUCGUCUCUCUCGCAGGUGGAAAGGGUUUUCAGCAUGGUUCCAGCCCUACCACGCCUCAAAGGACCCCUGGAAAUGACAAACCAUAUCAGUGCCAGGAAUGUGGAAAGAGCUUCACUCACAAGUGGGUUCUCACUAAUCAUCAAAGAAUUCACACAGGGGAGAAACCAUACAAAUGCUUGGAGUGUGGAAAGUGCUUCACUCGGAAGGUGAACCUCAUUCCUCAUCGGAGAAUCCACACAGGGGAGAAACCAUACCAGUGCUUGGAAUGUGGAAAGACCUUCAGGCAAAAGAGAUAUCUCACUUCACACCAAACCAUUCACACAGGACAGAAAUUAUUCCAGUGCUUGGAGUGCGGAAAGAGCUUCAGGCACAAUAUAACUCUAACGAACCACCAAAAAUUUCACACAGGAGAGACGCCGUAUCAAUGCUUAGAGUGCGGAAAGAGCUUCAUCAGUGUUUCUCACCUUACGUCCCACCAAACACUUCACACAGGGGAGAAACCAUAUCAGUGCCCCAAGUGCGAGAAACGCUUCACUCAAAAGAGUCACCUGACCUCUCACCGAACAAUUCACACAGGGGAGACGCCGUAUAAAUGUUCAGAGUGUGGGAAGUGCUUCCGUCUCAGCAGAUACCUCACUUCCCAUCAGAGAAUCCACACAGGGGAGAAACCGUAUCAGUGCUCAGAGUGUGGAAAGAGCUUCGGUGAAAAGAAAACUUUAGCUUCUCAUCAAAAGAAUUCACACCCCGGGGAAACCAUGUACAGUACUUGAUUAGAGAGUGGAAAAUACUUCUGUCUGAACAGUAAUCUCAUCAUUUGUAGACUGUCACCGUUGGAGAUACAAUAAAAAGUUAUUUACGAAAACAACAACCCGAAAACCAAUGAUCUCAUCAAAUAAUUCACCAAGCAGAAUCCAUAUCAACAUCACCUCAGCAUCACUGCACACCUUCAACGUCAUCGAAGAAUCUACACAGGGAGUAGACUAAUCCUUUGGACAUGGACAGAGCUUUAUAGACAUGGAUGAAGCUCACUCUUCUGCACUCAGGAAAAACUCUGUAGAACGAGAUUCUAUCACUCACUUACUGUAGAAAUGAAUGCCAGGCAAGGAGUCACAUUAAUGUGCUGAUAAGAAAGAAACCUGUUUUUUAAAAUUUGAUUUCCACUUGCUUUAGUAACAGAGAGAGAAAUAUAGGUAUAGGCUAUAGGUAAUUGAUUGGUGGUCCAAAAUGUGGUAUAAAUCGUGACAGGGGAUAGCUCCUGCUAGGCUUCCACUUGUCCCCACACAAUAUCCCGCCAAAGCCUUUUGUGGAAUUUAAGGUGGGUGUCACUUUCCGAGGUGGGAUAUGAGUAGCUCCUAAGCAGAAAUGCUGUUUACUCAGGUGAGUUUGUCUAGAAAGGAGGGAAAGUGCAGGAACAGGCAGAAGAAGGAUUUGCCAAGUGUGCGAGAUAGAUCUUAAACACACACUAAACACUUACAGUGGAACCUCGGUUUACGCCUACCUCCGUUUAUGAAAUCCUCCGUUUACAAACGCCGCGGACCCGGAAGUGUUUGCAUCCGGGUUCCGCAGCUCGCGCAUGCGCAGAAGCAAUCUGCGCAGCGUGGUGUGUGUGCAGAAGUGCUCUAUCGGUGUUUUGCGCACGCGCAGAAACGUGCCUUUGGCGAGCGAAUGCCUCGGCGAGCGAACGUCUCUGUGGAACGGAUUGCGUUCGCAAACCGAGGUACCACUGUACAUGCUCAUUCUCUCUCACUCACACACACACACACACACACACACACACUGUCAUGCGUGCAGAGUCUGCCUCCCUCUCUGGUAACUUCACAGAUAAGAAUUAACGAGCAGUUUAUAUUUUAUAGUUCUUUUAUUCAGGCAUCAGUUUGCCAGCAACAAUCCACAUCCCUCCACAUGGAGAGCAGUUGGCUUCUCUAAAUCCUCCUGCUUCUGUCUUCCGCAGCAGUCGAGGUGCCAACGGGAAGUUCCUCCUCCUCCUCUCUGCGUCCUCCCGCCCUCUCUAAUGCUGUCUCUGCAAUCUGUCCUCUCCCUUCUGUCCCUCUUGCCAUUAUCUCAUAGCUAGGCAACUCCUGCCUAAACUGCUCUGUGUCUGCGUCUGUCUCAGCUUCUGAGACAGCUGCAGACAAGGGGGGGGAAAUCUUCCCCCUCCAGCUCCACUUCUGGGAGAAGCUGCUCUGCCCGGGAAGGCAUUCCCCCUUCCUCUGCUUCAGACCCUACACACACACGCACACAUACAAAAUAGUGAGCACUCCUUACAUCCAGUGAUUGAAAGCACACCUACUCAGACACAGAUACACCCACCCUCUUUGGUUUGGGUAAGAAUUGACUCCUGAAACCCCAAGGGAACAGAAUCCACAUACACUCUCUAUGCUUAUUCCAUGGGGCUUAUUCCCAGAAAUUGAAUAUUGCCUCUUUUAUCCAGAACUUUUUACAGUGUCUGAGGAAAAGCUGAAUUCACUUUUGAUUUGUACAGUACUAAAAAACCGACGCGGGUGGCGCUGUGGUCUAAACCACAGAACCUAGGGCUUGCUGUUCAGAAGGUUGGUGGUAUGG